GUUUUUCUGGAAAAGCUUCGCUUCCUCUUCCCUAGACAGACGUUGUCCUCGUCUCCUCUCAGCGGUAGUGCCGGCAGCCCUGGCCCCCAGUGCGUCAGCAACGUUCACGCCUCGGGCUUCCAGCCUGGGCACAGCAGCAGCUUCGCCGCGGGGCUUGUCGCCUCCACUCUGUAA